GGUAAUUAAAGAGGAACUGCUUUACUAAAACACAUCUAACCUUUUAGUUCAUAUUGGCCUGUGACCCUACCAACACCAUUAACCUCCAUACUGAUUAGCCUACCCCUCCGGUAUUCCCAUGGAAGCAGCUGGGUAUAUUUAAUAUUAGGACCAUAUGCAGAAGUCUUUGAGGAGGGGGAUGGCUCUUCCUAUUCAUGAAGCCUGCAUACUUCUGUUGGUAAUCUCUGGUUUGGUCACCCCAGCUGCCAUCAAUCAUGAAGACUACCCUGCUGAUGAAGGUGACCAGGCCUCGAGUAAUGACAAUCUGAUCUUUGAUGACUAUCGAGGGAAAGGGUGUGUGGAUGACAGCGGCUUUGUAUACAAAUUGGGAGAACGUUUUUUCCCAGGGCAUUCCAACUGUCCAUGUGUCUGUGCUCUGGAUGGACCUGUUUGUGACCAACCAGAAUGCCCUAAAAUUCACCCAAAAUGUACUAAAGUGGAACAUAAUGGAUGCUGUCCUGAGUGCAAAGAAGUGAAAAACUUUUGUGAAUAUCAUGGGAAAAGUUACAAAAUCUUGGAGGAAUUUAAGCCCUCUCCAUGUGAAUGGUGUCGCUGUGAGCCCAGCAACGAAGUGCACUGUGUUGUAGCAGACUGCGCAGUUCCUGAAUGUGUCAACCCAGUCUAUGAACCAGAACAAUGUUGUCCUGUCUGCAAAAAUGGUAAGACCAUCCUGCACUAG